CUUCCUGUGAGUAUUUAGCAUGGCUCGGCGCGCCGCACUAUGCCGAGCCCGCUCAAUGGAGGGCUCUGCCGUCUGCCCUGAUCCUCCUCCUGCGCCUGGAGCCCCCGCGCUGCCAGCCCAGCGGCCAAACGCCUGCGCCGAGGAGGCCACGGACGUGCUCCGGCAGCAGGCCGAGGCCCUCGAGGCCAUGGCGGACGCCGUCAAGGCCUUCCCCAGGCGGUGGGCGCGCAUGGAGCUGUCCACGAGCCAGCGUAAGACGCUCAUGCUGAGCAUCAAGGCCAGGCGGAAGCGCGCCGAGGACGGCGGCCAGCCCGCCUGAGCCCGCCGCGCGCGGCGCCCCGCAGGGUCCGGGGGGGGCGGGCCGCGCCACGAGCCGCGGCGGCGCCACGCCGCGAGAACUUCCUGGGGGGUCGUCAGGGCUCGAGCUCCUCCUCCCUUGUCUUCUUCCUCCUCCUCCAUGCUCCUUUCCCCUUCCGGUCUGGGUCAGGGGCUGCGGCCCGCAGUCUCCUGCGCGCUCGAGAGACCUGCGCGGCCCAGAGGCCUGGCCCAGUGGGAAGCGCCGUGCGCGCGCCCCGGGCAGCAGACGUGCGCAAAUAGUGCGCAAAAG